AUGUCGAAAUCAGAAGACGUGCUAGACUUUCUCAACUCGCUUCCUGAAGUUGAAUCCAAGUCGACCGCCGCAGAUGGCACUCAAACCAAGAACGCUAAAGAUGAAAACUUGUUUGAUUUCUUGGACGAAAUAGCACAACACGAGCAGCAGAAACCGAAAAAGAAGCUAGUUCCAAGAAGCGCAUCGGCCAAGCCGGAAGAGUCAUCGGCUUCCGUAUCAUCGGCUUCCGUCGCCACGGUCACCCCUGCUUCUGCUCGCCCAGCCAAAACUACACCACCACCAUCACAACAACAACAACAACCUCAAGCAGGUGAUGACUCCACCGAUCCCACCACAGGCACAUCAUCCUCAACCACAAGUGAAGUCGAAGAGAAAAUAGGCCAUGUACUCCACGUAGCCGAGGAAGAAUUGGGCGCAUUAGAGCUGGAGUUGUCGAACCCCUUAGCGUCAAUCUCGCUGUGGUGGAAUCGUGAAGGUGGCCAGCGAGUCAGCAGCUUAUGGGGCGCCAUCACGUCCAACGCCGAGAAGUUGGGCGAGCAAACUUACCAGUUGGCGUCUCAAACCACAAAUCAGAUCAAUGAGCGAUCACGUAGCUUGGACGGAGAGCAAUUAAGUCAUCGCUUGAACUCGAUGUUUAUCAAUAUUUCCAACCAGAUUAAGCAGGGCUUGAUUGACGAUGUCGAUGAAGUGCUCAAUGUGCUUGUAGUGUCGGACUUGUAUGGGUUUCAAUAUUUGCCGCUGGUUGUCGAGGACAAUUUCCAGCUGGUUAUGGAGCAGGUGCAAGGUAAAAUUCGCGUUAGUGUCAAUGAAUAUAACCGUCAUCAUGAGAAUGAGGCGCGCGGGGACAAAGUGGAGAUGAAUAUGUUUUAUGGCAAGUUAAUUGAUGGUGAGAAGUUGGCUUUGGCGAAUUUGGAGAGCGCAAUCAAGGAAUAUAAGAAGGUUGAAAUUGAACAAGAAAAUGAACAAGAAAAGGGAAAUGGAAAAGGAAAAGAACAUGAAAAUGAAAAGGAAAAUGAAGACAAACUUGAGAAAGAGCAUCAAAAUGGAAAUGGCGAUGGCAGUGAUGAGAUGUUGAAGCUGAAUAUUUUCAUCUCGAUCCAGCCCAUCUCAACAGGAAAACUCAACGAGCCCAGCGAACCCACUUUGCAAUCUGGACCAGCAACCACAGUGAUAGAUACCGCAAAUGCUGAUUCAUUUACAUUCACGGUUAUACUCCAUGAUAUAACAAACGAAAUCUCAAUCACUACCCGCACACAACCUUUCCCACUUCGCUGGGGAUUGUGGCUCGAUGGCGAACCGUUAGUUGCUACAGAUGCAAACGCACAAGUUGACGAUGAAAGCGUUGAUCCAAAGGAAUGGGUGCGCGACUGGAUCCGCCAAGGUAUACAUUUGGGGUUGGGGGUAUUGGCUCAGGAAUACGUCAUCAAGCGGAUGGGUAUUUAA